CACCAUGGCUACCGCAAUGCUCGCCUCAGCGGCUGUGACGCUCCCCCUGCGCUCAACGGCGGCCAUCCCCGCCGCCCUCUCCUCCGCGUCCACCCGCGCCAUUCCCACAGCGCUCUAUGGCCGCAUCUCCGCUCCGCGCGCCGUUCCCCGUGCUCAACGCGCCCUGGUGCGCGCGCAGGCGAGCGAUGAGGGGAGCAGCACGGCGGAGAUCGCGGGGGCCGUGGGCGGGCUGAUCUCCGUGCCCGUGGUGGCGUGGUCGCUCUUCACCCUCAAGACCACCGGCUGCGGGCUGCCCCCGGGGCCGGGCGGCAGUUUGGGCGCGCUGGAGGGCGUGGCGUACCUCGCUAUAGUGGGUCUCGUGGGGUGGUCGGCGUACACCAAGGCGACCACGGGCAAGGGGCUGCCCAACGGGCCGUACGGGCUGCUGGGCGCGGCGGAGGGGCUGGCGUACCUGACGCUGGUGGCGGCCGUGGUGGUGUUCGGGCUGCAGCUGCUGGACUACGGCUACAUCCCCCCGCCCGUGCCCGGCGAACAGUGCUUCGGCUGACCAGCACCAGAGGACGCGCAGGGGGGAGAAGGGAGGGUGUAGGCACAGCACGGAGCUGGUACUGCAUGCUUCCUUGUCGCCUGGACGCUUGCUCUUAGGGCUAAUGUGACACUGCCUCGUCCAGUUGACUUGAGCUCUUUGUGC